CAUCAAUAUGUUUUCGUAGCAACAUUUUCUUUGAUAACAGUAUUGAAACUUACAAAUUGUAAACUGAGUUAAUGAUUACAAUUUAGUUUAAUUUGUAUUUAAAUGCAAUUAAAUGGAUUGAAUGUGUAUCGAUUCAAUAAUGCUACGCCUGGGGGAUGAUUUGUAUACAUAUAACCUGAUACAGAUAAAUAACUAAACAUUUAAUGUGAUGAGAUGAGUAUAAUUUAUAGGUUUUGUCAUUUCCAAAUAUAUUCAAAAUGGUAUCAACAGCAAAACUAGCAUCGCUUGGGAUUUUAUUCAUCAUAUCUUGCUUAAGUGGACUGGUACUACCUUUUAUCAUUCUUCGAGGACUUGCACGGAAUUGUCAAAGCUCGAAAUCCUUUAAAACAGUGUUAGGAGUAUUAAACUGCUUUUCUGGUGGAGUUUUCAUAUCGACAUCAUUGUUGACUCUGCUUCCAGAGGGUAGAGAAACUGUUGAAAAGGCAUAUAAUGUGAUGGGACAUAACCUUAUGUAUCCCGUUACAGAGCUUUUGUUGGGAUUUGGAUUUCUGAUAAUCCUACUCAUUGAAAGUGUGACGAUUUCGUGUUACAAGAAACAUAAGAAAAUACCUAAAGGUUCCGAACCCCGUCCGGAUAUAGAACGAGUGAGUGAAAGUCAAACCAGAACUGAUACAACUGACACCACACAUGAAUGUAAUGAUUAUUGUGCUUCUUACCAGAAUGGUCAUGUAACAGUCAUUCCUAGGGUUCAAGGAGCAGACGAACAACAGGACAUAACCCCAACAUCGCCGAGAACAGAAAUUAAAAAUGACUCACAACUCCCAGACCACUGUCUCUCUGAAGAUAUCUAUGGCGAAGGAAUGUCAAACUUACACAGCAUUGUUCUUCUGAUGGCUUUGUCAAUUCAUAUGAUAUUUGAUGGUCUUAGUUUAGGAUUAUUGCCAGACGAGAACGAGGUCUGGUCUCUCCUUAUGGCACUUGGAAUUCACAAGAUACUUAUAUUUUUCAGUACUGGUAUAACAAUAUGUGAAAGUACAACGACAAUAAAAUUUAUCAUCGCUAUGCUAUAUAUGUCACUCGUGUCGCCUUUAGGCGUUGGACUGGGAAUUUUAUUAACAUCACAGUCGGCCAAUGUUUCGUUAACAAUUAUUUCUGCCUUUUUACAAGCAGUAGCUGUUGGAACGUUUGUUUAUGUUGCAUUCUUUGAAAUUUUGCUUAAGGAAUUUACAGCUGGUGAAAACAUGAGAAUUGCAAAAGCAAUAUCUACCGUCUUUGGCUAUUGUAUAUUUGCAGGAAUAAAGUUCAUUAUGCCGGAAUAGUAUGUCAUUCUGAAU